AUGGCCGAAAAAAAAGUCUGGAACUUUGGUGCUGGUCCGGCCAUGAUACCUUCGUCUGUGCUGCUUCGUGCACAAGCAGAGUUCACAAACUACAAUAACCUAGGAAUGUCAAUUUUGGAAUUAUCCCACCGCUCCAAAGAGUUCGAAAACCUUCUCAAUAAAACUAAAAACGAUUUUCGAACACUGCUUAAAAUCCCCAAGAACUACGAAAUUUUAUUUAUGCAAGGUGGAGGACACACGCAAUUUUCAGCGGUCGUGUAUAACUUGCUUGCGGCAAAACGAGCAAAAUUGGGUGAUAACAUUAACGAUAAUGAUUUUAAUCCACCCAUAGACUAUUUGGUAACUGGAUCAUGGUCAGCCAAAGCAGUCCAGGAAGCAAAACGAAUACAUGGAAAUGUAAAUAUAGUUUUUGAUGUGAAGAAAUUAAAAGGUGUUUAUGGCUCAAUUCCACCCACUUCCGAAUGGAAACUGAGUGGACCUAGUGCUGCUUACGUAUAUUACUGCGAUAAUGAGACAGUGAAUGGAGUUGAAUUUCCGUAUAUACCCGAAAUCGAUUCUUCUGUACCGCUUGUUUGCGAUAUGUCCUCAAACAUGUUAUCACGUCGCGUGGAUAUAAGCAAAUUUGGCGUAAUUUACGCGGGCGCACAAAAAAAUAUAGGUCCAGCUGGAGUGACAUUGGUCAUAGUGCGCGAGGAUUUAUUAACACCUGCAGGGUCUUUGGACCAGCAGCGUCACAAUGUUCCCAUAAUACCCACCAUGUUAAACUACCAAACGAUGGCUGACAACAAUUCACUAUACAAUACACCACCAAUGUUUUCUAUAUAUAUGGCGGAUUUGGUUUUCGAGUGGUUAUUGGAGCUGGGUGGAGUGGAAGCCAUUCAGGCUAUAAACGCCGCAAAAGCGCGAGCACUUUACGACGUGAUUGAGCAAUCGAAAAUUUAUCGGUCGCCUGUAGAUAGGUUGGUGCGCUCACGAAUGAACGUGCCGUUUAGAAUUGAUCCACCGGAGUUGGAAAAGGAGUUUGUAAACGGCGCGGACGAGUUGAACAUGUAUCAACUGAAAGGACAUCGGAGUGUAGGUGGGAUUAGGGCGAGUAUAUAUAACGCUAUGCCUUUAGAAGGUGUAGAAGCGUUAAUUAAAUAUAUGAAAGAAUUUGAGAAAAAGCAUUCGGCAUGA